GGGCACAGGUGGGCGGAGCUAGUGGGCGCACUGCUGGGCACAGGUGGGCGGAACUUGCGGGUGGCACUGCUGGGCACCGAUCAUCAGGGCACUGAUCAUCACAUGUCCCGAGGGGGCGCGCAUCCCAGCAAUCUCUGCUGUCACAGUGUGAGGAAAGUACUGCUGAUAACCGACAGCUGUCACAGAGGAGAUCGGCACUGAUCAUCAGGGCACUGAUGAUCAGUGCCCUGCAGUAACGCCCAGCAGUGCCACCCACCAGUGCCCA